GUGCUUUUCGUCUGACAUUUCCCAAUCGGCGGCGCGCUGUCAAAGCAGAGGAGUCGGAACACUCGGUCGAUAAAUUCGCAAUUUUGUCCAUUGGAAGGAAUUAAUCAUCCAGCGAAACAUGUCCGGCAAUAAAGGAGGCGAUAAACCCGAACAAAUCGACUUAACCAAGCUCGGCUUACAACAGUUGCAGCGGGUGAAAAUGGAAUUUGAAACGGAAAUGAAUGUGUUCCAGGAAUCAAUGCAAACACUCCUAAAGUGCAAGGGUAAAUACGCGACUUCCAAGGAAGCCCUAGAACAAAUCAAACCCGAUUGGGAAAAUAAGGAAAUUCUAGUCCCGCUCACAGGAAGUAUGUAUGUGCCCGGCACGCUCAAGAAUGUGGACAGUUUUGUAAUCGACAUAGGAACGGGAUAUUACGUAGAAAAGAACCUCGAAGACUCCAAAGACUACUUCAAACGGAAAGUGGAUUACGUCCAAGAACAAAUCGAGAAGAUCGAUAUGCUCCAAAUGCAGAAAUCUCAAUUCCUCAAUGCUGUGCACGAGGUGAUUGAAAUGAAGGUAGCCGCACUGCAGAGCAAGCAGCAACCAACCUAGGCGACAAACUACGCUCACCACAUCCCACAAACUCGCGGAUAGCUUUUAAUUUUCGUUUCCUCACAAUGAAGCAAAAACACCACAGUGACAUCUCAUCGCCUACAUCUUUGUGGAAUUCAGACCCAAACAUGAAUUAGAAUUUAAAAAGGAAUACACAAAAAAAUCCAUAAAUUAAU